AGUAGGCCAAAUAGUAAACAAGUGAUAGAGAGUGGGGGCCUGGCGGACUCUCCCGACUCCAAAUCAAAUAUCAAAGAUGGAAGAAGUUCCUCCUCCAGUGUCUUCGUCUCGACCUCCACCUCAGCCUCCAAAAGAAUCGCUUGUUCAACGCUACAAAGUCGCUUGGCGUCUUCUUCUCAUUUCAAAUCUUGCCCUUGGAGCUUAUAUGUUCGUGAGAGCAAGAAAGAAAGAUACUACUGCUGAGGAUAGCAAAGCUGCCGCCAAAGUUCCCUCCACUCCAGUUGUGACUCCAGCUACUCCUGUUCCGGAGGAACCAGCCCUCCCUCCUCCAAUCGCUGUGCCUGUGAAGGUGCGCGAACCCAUCCCUGAGGAUCAGCAGCUUGAGCUAUUCAAGUGGAUAUUGGAGGAAAAGAGAAAAGUGAAACCCAAGGGUCGUGAAGAGAAAAAGCGAAUUGAUGAAGAAAAAGCCCUUCUGAAACAGUUCAUUCGAGCCAAAUCCAUCCCAAAUAUCUGAUUUCUAUUGUAUGUUCAUUGUUGUUGAAUUGUCUUCUGCAUGAAAAAGAUUACCUGAAGCGUGUCCUUUACGCUGUGUAUGGUUGGGAGAUUUAAAAAGGGAUUUGAAAAGAGAAAGGAAAAAGGUAGGUGAUAUUCACAUUUCUCUUAGUUUUAUAUACUUUUUUACCUUUUUUUUCUUUCCAAAUCUCCUAACUAAACACAGCAUUACUGGUGCUCCAAGGAAGUCAGGAUUAUCAUUUCAGUGGUUUGGGCUUUGGGUACAUAUUUGGAUAUUCUUUGCCCAUCUUGGAUUGUUAACCUUCUCUUAUUGAUACUUGUUGAAAGAAAAGGAAAUGUUGCUUUGAAGAGGGGAUUUUUAACCUCGGUUCAUGUUAAUGAGUUAUACCUUUGGUGAAAAUCAAGGGCUUUGCUUUCUUUUCCA